UUUUCAUGAACGCGGUUUGUGAAUUUGUCCAAGGGAUCUUUUCUCCAACACGAUCUUAUAAUGGACUACACUGUGGAUAAUACGGCGCUGUCUCAAGAAGAUGGCCUGGUUAAUACCAUGAGCUCUCAAGAUGAUGCAAUGGAUUACACUAUGGAUAAUCCAGAAAACACAAUGGAUUAUACUAUGAGUCAUGACCCGACAAACCAAACGUUGUCCCAACUACCAGAUGCGCAAGAUUUUUCGGAAGAGGAAGAGGAAGAUGAUCUUCCCGUCCUUGAGUUUGCUCGUUUGGUUGGUAUAGCUCGAGAUCAUCAACUCGAUGAUACAUCGGUUGAUACUUUACUUUCUAUGAAGGACGAUGUUCAUCACAAGUUCACCAACGACAUGAAUGUCAGACAUCUUUCACAGCUCAAUAUUCAAGCCGACUUCAAUACAAAUGAGGGAAUAUCUGUAUCUGCAGACGCCGUACGACUUCUCGCAUCAGUGGCAGAGAAUGAAAGUCAGGAAUCUAUUAACUCUCUGGUAAAUCCAUUGCUUGUCAGUAGAAAAUCCAAGUAUAUGAGAGUCGAAUCACCGUUGUUACUGAGUGGUCAUGAAUCUGAUUUUCGAGAAUUUGCAAGAAGGGAAGGAUUCGAGGUGAAACCUCGAGAUAUCAGAUUCCCGCUUGAGUUGGUCAGUGUCGAUAAUAAUGAGGGGUUGGAAUUUCCGCCGGAGUUUUACAAUUUCGAAACCGAGAUGUUCGAUAUUGUAGCGAAUGAGAAGAUUGAGGUGACCAAAAAUGCCAUGAUUUCACUUCAUGCGACCUUGAAGGCAACAUUAACAAAAGAGGAUGAGCAACAGAUUUGGGAAACUGAAAGAGCACAUCCAAAAGUAAGUUUGCAUUCCGUCAGAUAUGUUCAUUUACUCGUAACUCCAUGCUAAUUGUUUCAGAAAUUUCCAGUUUCCAGUGAUGUAACACCGCCACUUUCUCCAAUGUAUGUACCGCCGCCUGAUAGCCCUCUCCCAUUUCUUCCUUCGGCCUGCGAAAUCCCAUUACUUUCCGAUCCUGAAUCUCUUACCUCGCUGGAUCUGAAAAAGAUUGAGGAUGAGGUAUUCAAGGAAGAUCUGCCAGCUCUUAUACGCAAUAAACCUGAAAUUCAAGCAACCCUUUCGACAUCUGAUAACCAAUAUAUAAUACCUGGAAAUUUAUACUCGCCACCAGAAUGCAUCAAAACUCUCUAUUCAAUCUCCUCUUCUAUAGAAAAUAAACGAAUUGUUAUGGAAAAUAGGAAAGUAGAAGAGAUUUUAACUCCACCGAAGCCAUUUGCAGAAUCAGAUUGCAAGAGCGUACACUUCAGUAACGUUGUGGAAACACUUCUGCUCAGCAAUAAACCUCAGUCGGGAAUUCCCGAGCCCACAAUUGAAACCAAGUUUCUCGAGGAAGCAUUCGGCAAAAGUGGAGAGCAGGUCAAACGUCGCGUUGAACAAGAGAGGCUCGUGGAUACACGAAACCGUGUCAAUGUUCCAGAGAUGGACUUUAGCAUAGCUGGACCUCCUUGGAAGAAAGCAAGUUCUUGUAGCGUCAAUGCCGUCGAUUCAACUUUACAAGAAAUUGUCGAGAAGAUUAGUGUAGACCCUUUUAUGGGUUGGCCGGGAUUGAAGAACUUGCACGCAAAGCUAUCAUGGGUACCAUUUGAACACAGCUUGGGAAAUAUUGCUGAGGAGUCAGUGGGCAAUGAAAAGACGCGCGAAUCGCCCGUAGUUCGUCCGGAAGAUGACCAAGUGGUUACAAGUUCAGAUCUCAUCUGGAAGAGGCAAGGCUUCAGAAUUCUUCGGGGGGAUUUUGAUGAAAAUGACGACGAUGAACUUGAGGUUGGUUUUCUCCGAAAAGAAGUUGCCACUACAUCAUCAAUAACAGGAAAACGAAAAUCCGAAAUGCAAGAUGUAGAUCAACGGCCAAAGCAAGCACGUCAAUCAGAGUCUCAUAGUCACGGAGAUGCGAAGACAAGUUUUCGAUCGUUUAUCACACCCGAGAUUCGUAACAAAUUGAAUAUGGAACCAGCUUCCAAAAAAGCACGAUCUACUGCUGAAGAUCAAAUUUCUUUUUCUGGAGGUAUAUUCUCAAUGAAAAAUGCACUAAACAAUUUCCUAGAGAUACGAGGAGUACAAAGACCUAAGCCUACUGAAACCUCUCCCUUUUUUGCUCCGAAUGUUGCAUCCUCCGCGUCACCUGCAUCACCGAAUCAGGCAACCUCCAACAAUGAAACCUCAGUUCAACAAACUCCCAUCCCCCGAACUCAUUCGCCCGUCCCAACACCAACCAUCAUUGCCCCUUCAACCCCCAUCUACAUCAUUCUUUCCUCAGCCAUCUUCAAAAAUCGCCCUCUAAUCCGCUCCCUUCAAACUCUCCUCCCAACCCUCCAAAUCUGCGAGCGCGACUUCUCAGCACACAACACCACAACUUGGAACCCCAACUCAGUCGCCCGUUCUCCCGUAACAUCAACCCUCACCCACGAAGCCGACAUCAUCAUUUCCCCCACCACCGGACUUAUCCUCACAACCCUUCAGCAUAUCAGACAAAAACCCCUGCCAGGACAUAAAACCGUCGUUCCAAUUCGCGACCGCUUAUUAAAAGUCAGCCCUCGAUACGAAAAUCUAAUCAUCCUCGCGGCUUCCACAUCGAGCGAAUUAGGAGAUAGUGAUUGUAUUGCCUGGGCCGACUUCAUCGGCUUCACAUUAACACUACCAGCAAGCACAAUGGUGCAAUACAUCCCCAUCGACGCUACCAAUCCCAAUGACCAAACCAUGGCGAAAUGUAUCUCUCAUCUCAUUAUCCAGAAUGCUUUACAAUCCCCCUCUCCUCCUUCUCCUCCUCCUUCUUCUUCUCCCCCCUCUAACCCUUCCCCUCCAUCCUCAUUCCCAUCCCCCCUAACCAUAACCCUCCUAGACCAAGAAUCCUACUGGGAACUCUGGCUCCGCAGAGCAGGAAUGAAUGCUUACGCCGCACAAGCCACAAUAAUCCAACUCAAAGAACCGGAACCGAGAUGUACAAUUGGAGAGGAAGGGUAUGAGAAUGAGAUGAGGAUGAUAUCUGAGAGGGGACCGUAUGGAUUGACACUUUUUGUGGGGAUGAGUGGGGAAGAGAGGUUAGCGAGGUUGGGGUGGUUAGUUGGGAGGGGCGUUUUGGGGAGGGUGGGGGAGGUGGUGGAUCGGGUUUGGGGGUAGCCGAAGGGGGUGGGGUGGAUUGUGGAUUGUGGUGAGGGAGGAUGUUGGUGGGGAUGCUGGAUUGGAGACUGAGGUUUAUGGGGGGUGGUGGUGUAAUGUA